AGAGCUCAGCCGGCAGACUUGAGACGAGAGGUCUUUUAAUAGUCUUUUUCAAACCUUCAGAACCUACGGAAACGUUAUUUUUAUACAGAAAUGUCGACCGCGCCGACCGUGCCGACCGCGCCGACCGGAUCGGGGAAAAAGACGAACCCUGACCGUUACGCCACCACCAAGACCGCAAUCGAGGGCCUGGUGAACACCGGUUUGAUAGCCAGUAACGUCUCCUUGUUAUUGUCGAUCACCAGGACACCGGGCGGUGUCGACACAUGGCAGGAUAUAACAAGGAUGGUGUUAGUUUCCAUCUGCUUGGGGAUCCAGCUGGGGCUGAUGGGCAUCUUCAUCUGUCAGGGUUCCCAAGACAUCGAAAAUCUUGUAAAAGGAGCAGCAGACGAUGGAGAGGAGAAGGAAGAGAAGAAAGAGAAGGAAGAAAAGGAAGAGAAGGAAGAGAAGGAAGAGAAGGAAGAGAAGGAAGAGAAGGAAGAGAAUGAAGAGAAGGAAGAGAAAGAGCGUAAGAAGAAAGAGGAAGAGCGUAAGAAGAAAGAGGAAGAGCGUAAGAAGAAAGAGAAAGAGCGUAAGGAGAAAGAGAAGCAUCUCAACAACACGAAUGUCGCUGCCAACGUCUUGACCAUGCUGAUCGUGUUAUUUGAAAUCCUCAUCCUUGCUUUUGGGCCGGGAAACCAGGCUUGAAUGCACACGGCUGUCGCUAGAAAUGGUGACUUUAUUAUGACUGUACUUCAGCAAGUUACCAAAUGGUCUGAUUACCAAAUGUACAUUCAAUUUGACGCCUUUGUCAUGAAAUGCAAGCCGCACAGGACGUAAACAUGUUCUUUUUUAGUGUUGUUGUUUGUUGUUCGUGUGUUCCAACAAAUGAAAAUAUGUAAUGUCGUGUUUUAAUGGUUUCGAUCCAGCUCAAAAUUGUAUUGUUAUUUGCCACUUCACUUGAGUUACCUGUGUGUAAUGUCUUCUCUUUGAUCAUGUGUGUGAAACUGUCAACAUCUGAACGAUGUGUUCAUUGCAGUUGUUGGUUUAUUUGUGAACAGUCCAAAAAGAACUUAAAACAGGCCUUACCUACUAUACGUACGAUUACAUUUUGGGAAAAAUCUGAAACAAGAACUUUAGUAAAAGAAUUUCCAUUAGUGAAGCAUUUGUCAAUCUCACUAGCGCCUUCGUUUGUGAACUACUUGUAACAUAUUGUAACCAUGUAAUUUCUGCCGCAAAAGUAACAAAGGCACAUUCGGACAAUAUGCAUUUAAGUAUACGGUAUGUGGUAAUGUGUUUCUGGUUUGAACGCCAUCAAUACUGUUCAGUCUAGUAUGUGUUUAUUGAUGAGUGGUAGAUUUUAUUCACAAACUGUUACAUACUUAAGAGAAAAAAAGUAAGGAAUACGUGGAGCAAGCGGUAACGCAACUUAGUCACUUUCAUCAACUUCCCUCUAUCUGAGGGCUGGGAACUAGGAGCUUUACAGAUUAAACAACUAAUCAAUUCUCAAUCGCAUAGAGUAAAAUUUAUUUAGUUUAUUCUUGUUAUAAAAGGCCACGUCUUAAUAUUACUAGUAUUCACCGAUGUCACUACAUCGUGCACAAGUAUCUGACUCCCAGGUCCUUGACCUUGUAGUGUUGCAAUGUUUCACAAUCUUUAGAAAUGUAUACCUUUUCAGAACCAUAUCAAGCAGCUAGCGGACUUUUGUUGUACAGUUGACCUCACAGUUGACCUGAUAGGCAACCAAUACAUACGUACAAUGGCCCUUUUAAAGUUU